UCAAUUUCUGAUAUGACCAAAAUGUUAUUAAUAUUUUCAAUUUAACUUUUCAGAUAUUCGGUCUUAAUUUGUUCUGUUUUGUAAAAGAAUGGCAACUUCAAGUUCUGACGUAAGUGAAUCUUCAGACAUCGUUCACGAGUUUCCAUGUAAACCUUGUUCUGAUGAUGGCAAAAACAUCGAGGGUGUGAAUUUCUGUGCCGAGUGCCAGACUUACUUCUGUCAAGCAUGCGUGCAGUUCCACAACAAAUGCUUCAAGACUCACACAAUCUUCAAUAGAUCUGGAGUGAAAUCAGACAAGCUCCAGUUUGAGAAGACACAAAGCGGUUUAGCAUGUGAUAAACAUGCAGGAUACCCAAUUCAAAUGUACUGUAGAGAACAUGAUACUGUCUGUUGCGCUGUUUGUAUAGCUGUUGAUCACAGGUUGUGCAAAAGUGCUGACUUCAUCCCAAAGCUGGCAAAAGAAAUCUUGAAUGGACGGGACAGAAAUGAUGUAAAGACAUCGCUAGAAGGGAUUCGGAAACAGCUGAACUCCAUGAAAGCUAAAAAAUUACAGCAGAUAAAAGAUGUGGCUGAAGAAAAAGAUGAAAACUUGAAAGAAAUUGUCAAGAUGAAGGAACAGAUCAUUGCCAGAGUGGAAGAGAUGGAACGAAAUUCUGUCCAACAAGUCCAAAAGAAACAUGACAAAAUAGUUAGAGCUAUAGAGUCUGACAUAGACUCAAUAGAUGUUAAACUGAAUGCUGUUCAGAGCAAUAUUGAAAAAGUCAAUGCAUUCAAGGGAGACAAUGAAGCUAAAUUGUUUGUAGUUCUGAAUAAAGCACAUGAGGUAGAAGUAAGUAGUAGUAGUUUCAUUGAUGAGAAUGGUAAAGGGGAGUAUGACAAAAUUGAUUUUGUAGUCAGUCAAGAUAUUGCAACCUUUGUAGGUAAGAUAGAUGCUUUUGGUAAUGUCAAAGCUGAUGAAGACAGGGAAAAAGGUCAUACAGUAGCCACUUAUUCUCAGAUACAUGUAGCUGAAGCAUCAAUUGUUAGUCAAGUUUCUGUUAAAGGAAAAGACAGUUGUAUAUUAGAUAAUGGCCAGAUUAUUAUUCUUGUAAACGAAGGUCUCAUUAGACUUGAUAGAACUUAUAAAAUGUUAGAUAAAUGUAAUUUGAGUGGUGCCAGGUACUUAUGCAAAGCUGGACCAACUGAGAUAAUCGUUUUGUGUAAUACAGAAAUUAUAUUUGUUGAUGCUGGAAAAUCAUUAGCAAAAUUCUGGGGCUUUGGUAUGAAUACCAAUUAUGAGGAUAAGAAAAAAAUUUACCCUGUGCUUCCAAAUUUUAGAUGUACAGAAGUACAAUUUUUUGGUAUAUCUGUUUACCAAGAAAAUUUAUUUGUAUGUGUUAAAUUAACGUACGAGUUAGAUGACUAUUAUCGUACAAAAAAAAUAUAAGUUUGGUGUUUCAGUUUAUGU